UUAAAACGUGCCAAUAUGAUAAUCGAAACAGUGAAGGAGCACCAAGUGAUUGAUGACACGGCAAAACUCAUGAAGAUGAUCUACAAGGAGGAAAAGGAUGAGAAUUACGUUGUGAAGAUUGACAAGAAGUCUCUUAUCAGGCUGCUGCAGAAGCUUGCCAAGGACAAUCUUGUGAAGAACAUCAAGUCGACCUUGAGUGCAAAUGGACGUGAGAAGAACUUGAUGUUCAUUUGCGAUCCCAACAUCGAUACGGAUCAUACCGUCAUUAAGUCGGCCGUCGAGCAAGCAAAGGUCAAGUUCUGCUUAUUAGCGUCUCAGAAGGCAAAGGUGGUCUCGAAGAAAACGGUGGACAAGCACGACAAAGUGGACAAGGCGGACAAGACGUCGUCGGGCUCGAAGGAACAAUUGCAGGAGCUCAACAAGACCGCGUCCAAAUUGCGCUCCGCGAACUACAAGUACGACGCCAAGGCUGGCAAGCGCUACGGUCUCAGCCCGAAAUUCAUCAGGAUGCGAACAAUGCACGUACUGCUUUUCUACCCGGUCUACGAUCAUCCCGGCGUGCCGAAAUUAUCUCAGCAGGAACAGGUGAAGAUUCUCAAGUUUAACGGAUACGAAAUCGACGACGACCUCGUGCAGGAGUUCAGUACUAUUUACAACAGCGAAGUAAGCUGGAAAAUGUUCAUCCCGCCCUUGCCUAAGCACAGCGGAUGGCCCGAAGGCUGGACGCUGAUGUGCGACGUUCUGCUAGGGCUGCCUCUGUCGAUUUUCACCAAGAUACACAAUAUCACCUUCCAGAUCCCGGAGUUGGAGCACUAUUUGAGCCACCCAAUCAGAAAGCAUUAUCUAGUUAAAAACCUCCCGGUCACCAUACGCAAUACUUUCCUGCAAGCGCGCAAGUAUAUAUUCAAUAUCCACGACACGAUAACCAGACUGGGCUAUAUCGGCCUGGUGCAGUUUGGUCCACAGCGGCUGAAAGAUAAAGAUCAGGUGUUUAUCUACGUGAACCGGCGCACGGAAUUGAUGGAUACGACCUCUUCGGCGCCGGGCUAA